UGAACACUCACCACAAUGGCCCCGACGCGCACCUCCCGAGCAAGGGCACCUCAAGUGCCCCUCUUCAAGGACGAUACCGACUCUGGUGACGAGACUGAACAGGAGACCCCCAGGCCGCAGCGGCAACAGCUCAAGAAACGACUCAGCGAGGUCUACAAUCCCGAGAAUGACCAAAGCUUCACCUCUGAUACCGGCAGGGGACCCCUGAAGUCCGUGAACAUCAACGAUGACAUGGCAGAGAAACGGAGACGGAGAAAGAGCACUAAGGGGGGGCUGGCUAAUGGUCUUCUUGAAGAGGAGAAUGCGGAGGCCGGUCCGUCUUCGGAAAGACAUUCAGGGGGAGCCCCUGCAGAGUCCUCAAAGGCGGCAGGGCAAGGGCGACAAAAGCAGCCCUUGAAUUCUGUAACCGAAGUACCUACUAUCAACGUCCCCCUCGAUGUUAUGAGCUCCAACUUCGAAGAGUGGAUGAAGAUGGCUACGGAUAACAAAAUCAAUGCUACCAACUCCUGGAAUUUUGCCCUGAUAGAUUACUUCCAUGAUAUGUCUCUUCUCCGGAACAACACCGAUAACUCCAUUAAUUUCCAACGGGCGUCAUGCACCUUGGAUGGCUGUGUCAAAAUCUGGACUAGCCGUGUGGACAGUGUUGGAACGGAGACAGGGAAGCUCUUGAGCAAUCUUGCUACUGACGGGAGAGUCGAGGAGGAAGAGGAGGUCAACUCCGACAACCCAGAUCAAGAUCCCUCUCAGCCAAGAAAGCGUGCGAAGGCACAUAAAGCUGAGUCGACCCUGGCCAAGAACGCAGCGCAAUUGCGGAGCAAGAAACUUGAUCUGGAGUUUAGCGUCGACCCCCUCUUCAAGAAGACGUGCGCUGACUUCGAUGAGGGCGGUGCCCAAGGUCUGCUCAUGAACCACUUGAGCUUGGGAGUGGGCAGCGAAGGUGCCAUGAGGGUUAUUUUUGACGCAAGCGACUCCAUGGGUAAGACGGGCGAAGAAGAAGAGGACGUCCAAGAGCCCGAGGACGAAGUGGAUCUGAGCUACCUUAGAAGUCAAUUCCUGCCCGACUUGGACGUCCUGGAAGACAAGGCUAUCUCUCACUCACUGGCCGGCUUCUCAUUCUCUUUAGACUCCUUCUCGUUCGACGACACCGCGUUCGGGAAGCUUGACACUCACGCAGCGCUGGGUGGCGCUGAAGAUGACGACGACGACGAUCAUCAUGGCAGUGGGAUGACAGGAGGCUUUGCUGACGACGUCCGCAUGGACAUUGGAGACCCAGGUGAAGAAGACUUCUUCCAGGGCGAGCAAGCAGUCGGAGACGACUAUCUCGGUGACAUACCGCAAGAUGACUUCAACGACUCUGGCGACGGCGACGCCAUACCCCACGAAGGUGGUCAAGGUGUUCCACUACGGCAGGGUGGAUUUGUCCCCUUUGACCCCCGCCGCGCCCCGAAUGAACGUGACUUGAUCAUGGCGAUGACGGAUGCUGAGGGUGACGGCAUGAUGGACUACUUUGAUCAGGCGUUCCUGAAGAACUGGGCCGGUCCCGAACAUUGGAAACUCAGGAAGGUGGUAAGAAAACCUGAAGCGACUGACAAUGCCGCACCCAAACCCCGAAAGGAGAAGAAGGAAGCAUUCAAGAUUGACUUCCUAACUCCCGCAGAGAAAGACCUCAAGACACGCGCAAAGGAACUCUUUGCUCCUGUUACUCGCGGUGCAGGCAUCAACCUCCCUGGUACUUCUGGCACGAAAGGGGGAACGUCGACGCGGAAAGGAAGUCGAGGGAAGAGGGCGAAGGAGAAGGAAGAGAAGAAAGACGAGCAUACGCUACCAGACGACAUGCAUUUCUCUAGCCGACAACUGAUCACGCUAUUCCUGAAGCCUGAGUUCUCGUUGAGAAUGCGCGGACAACAUAUGUCACUCAAUGACCGCGGAGACGGAGACGUAGACGAGAACUUCUGGGCUCAGGCGGCUGCAGACCAAGCCGCCGGGCGGAGAGGCGCCGAUGAUGCCGACGAAAAUGGCGGCGCCAUUCCGUUCAAUACGCAAUUCUUCCACGAUGAUUUCGAUGACGGGCCAGGCUUUGACGACGUCUACGACGGCGACGGGCUAGGAGCAUCUAGCGUCGAGCCUGGAGAGCAGGAUCUUUUAGCGGCUACCCAAGGACAAACGCGUCGGGUCAGGCCUGAAGCCGUCAACUAUGCGAAACGGGCCAAGCGAGUCGACGUCCGGAAGUUGAAAGAGAACAUAUGGAAAGGCUUGAAUAUAGUCGUUCCAGACCGUAAAGAAGACGCAGAAGACGAAGAGGCAAUGGAGAUUGACGAGGACCACCAUGCAACGGAUCCUUCCGAACCCCGGGUCUUCAGCUCGGUUAUUUCUGAUCUUCGCAGUUCAUACCCUAGAGAAAAGAUGGAAGAGAUCAGUACAAGUUUCUGUUUCAUUUGUCUUCUCCAUUUGGCAAAUGAGCGGGGACUGAAGCUUGAGGUGGGCAAGGAUGGUCAAAUAGAGCCCUUGCCCGAUGACGACGAGCAAACGGAAGCUCUGAAAGUCGGUGAUAUAUGGGAUCUGAAGGUAUACAGAGAUCCGGACGCUAGUCCCGCUGCAUAGCGGCUCCAUCUCUGUCCUGACUUAUUGGUAUUAUGGAUCUGUCUCUUAUCUCCAACCUGUCAUAUCGUUCAGCGGUCUGCUUGCAUAACUGUACAGUUCAUUCUGCAUGUUGUUUUCCCGCAUCUGUAUCAAUAUCUAUCCUAUAUUACCGUGCACAGGCUGG